GAGUUGCUGAUCAGACGUGGGAAGUCGUCUUUGUUGCUUCUUGUGUAGCUGCAACUCUGUGUCUGGAUUUAAAGCUUUCGUGACUUAACGAAUCCAUACUCUUUGGUUGUUUCGGUAAGGUCACGCAGUUAGAAAACUAAGCCAAAGCAGAAAAUAUUAUAUCACGACGUGUCGAUCGCUUGUGUGGCGAUCGGACCGUGAUAUUUUAUUUUUGUUUUGUUUUAGUUUCCUACUUGCGUUUCUUUACCGAAAUAACCAAAGGGUGAGGUGAUCGAGCGAAUUUUCUCGCCGUUCUUUUGAAUCUCUUCCGUCGAUCGGGCCUCUUUUGCGAGGUCUUAUAGUUUUUGCUCGGUGUUUUGUUUUGUUGAGGAAAGCAACAGCAGUAUUGUAGUUUGAAAAAUACGCCUGCGCCGAAAUGACAACCGACACCCUGACCGAGUUAUCCAAGAACUUGCGUAACCCCCAGAACGGGAAUAAUUUGAACACAUUCAAGAAAGAUAAAAAGGUGAACGUGACCAACAAGAGCGAGGUCAAGAAGGACUUCAUUGCUUUGAAGGAUUCGAGAGACUUCAAGACGGAGCUGCGGAAGGUGGUGAAGAAACAUAACAACAAGAAGCUCCUCCUAAAAAACUGUCCCGACUUCCCAUUCACGGUGUGCGGCCAAGAGGGAACCAACUACAGGAAUAUCACUUCGAUGAUGGGCGCCUGGAACAGCCUGUUUCUGGAAAAGGAGCAGGACAUGACGGUGAUCGGCUGCUUGGACAACGUGCCAUCGUUGGCAUUGGGUCUGCAGUGGGUCGUGCUGGUGACGGAGGACGGUGCUGUGUACGGUUACGAGAAUGAGUGCAUGUGCAGGUUGGCGAGUAGUGUUUGGAACCUCUUCCUGGAGGGCCCUCGGUUCGGUGGGAAAAUGUACAAGAUGGACUUGAGUGACGUCCCACAGGAUUCUAAGGAGUUUGAUAAAGCUUGCGAAGAUAUGGGCAUUCAAUCAAGAGAUCCUGAGGUUGAGAAAUACAUGAAAAGUUUAGAAAGUAAAUUUGAUGAAAUGGAAGAUUUCUUUGCGUCAUUGUGAAUCUGAUUGAAACGACAUUCUAUGCUUCUGACUGACUAACCAUCAGAAGAUAGAGACGACAAAGCCACCAUUCAAUACGCAUAAUUCCAGCCACCUCCAGAUACAACUCGUGGAAACGUGUCGAAGUUAAAGCAAAGCCUGUCGACGUCGCUGCCUGUCAAUACAAACAUUGCAAUGUCGGAAAGCUGCAACACGACCUUGCAUGGAAGAGACACCUGCAUUUCACCCUUUUAUAAUAUUCUCUUUAUUCAGGAUUGCGUUCGUCGCGAUGUGAUGCACUUUUCCACACACAACAUAUCUGGCCAUACUUUAAAGUCGGAGGAAAAUGGGACGAAACUAUCCAUGGUCCACCUGUACAGUCUUUCAUGUGGAUAAUUUAAGUUUUUGCUCACGUUUGCACAUUCUCCAGCUUACUGGGCGUUCUUGUGGUGGUUGUAAAAUAUCUACUUAGCUCAAUAGGCCUUACCAUCUGGAAUAAAGUCUGACUGAUUGUCCUUAAUAUCUUUAUAUAGUUUUGAAUAUGCGAUGCUCACAUAUGCGGUGCUCAACCAGAAUUAAUGCACCUGUGGAAUAAUGCCUGUUUUGUCACGCUAAUUCUAGGGAGUAUUUUUUUGGGGGGUUUUACUCCGUUCUGGUGUUUCUCUGACCCAUUACGGCCAAUUGCCUUGUUUGACCUGUGGGCUGGUGGCCAGGUGCGCACGAAGUGGCUCGUGUGCUCAACAAAAGAAAAAUGGAUUAGCAUUGUGACUGCUCACAGCGCGGGGCCAGAGGGUGAUGGGCAAUGGGGGGGCCCAUGCCCUUUGUUGGAGGAAAUUGGUGAGUGGAUAUCACCCAAGGCAGGUGUUUACAGUGUUGAUGGGCUGUCUUUUGUUACACUAACCAGAGGUAGACAUUGAAGACCAGUGUCACCGUGGUAUUUUAACAGGAUGCCACGCGUGCUGUCGCGAUCUAAACUUUCACAAAAUCGAGCAAUUGUCCGCAUUAUACUCCCGUUAGGGGAAAAAGAAUCAAUCGAAUACUGACAGGUGCUUUGAGACUGGAGCUCUGUUAGAGGUAAUUAAAGUAAAAUUUCUACGUUGGCUUUUUGUGACCAAUAGCAUUCACAACUGGGUUUUUUGGGUUGAGUCGUGUGUAAAAAAAAAAAUGUUGUAAACCCUCCUCCACCCGAGACGGCCAAUCCGUGAGUGUCAAGUGAACAAGCAUGACGCUUUUGAGAAGUAAUUUUCAUUUAAUAAAAGUGUUGCAGUGAAGCACGUGAUGCUCUUAUUCCACUUGGCAAAUGAAACGUGCUGACGCAGUAAUGCGCUUGUCGCGUGUGUUCACUUGACACUUGGUAAUUGGCUAUGUCCGGUCGAGGAGUCUAUGCCACGAUUUUUAUUCACGAUCUAACCCAAAAAACCCAAUUGUCAAACGUAAUCAAAGUUUUCAUGAAUGCAUUUUAGUGGAUGCUUUUUUUUGUAUGCACUGUACGCAGUCCAUGUCAAGUGUUAUGUGAAUAUUACAUCCAUGUGUACAGGAAAUGACUUUAUUUUUAUUUUGCAGAUGAAUAAAAUUUGCAAAGA